CCCAAAAUGACGAUCGAAUUUAGUGGCUUAGCGGUGUGGUUACUUUUGCUAGCUGCAGCAGUAAACGCGUUCAUACCUAAAUGGACUUACUACGAUUGGUAUUGGUACGUCGGUGAUUACGAGAAGACCGAUAUAGAUCCUGAGAGGUAUACGUCUCCGUUUCCUUCCCGAGUGCAAGGGACCAGGGCAGAAGUGCCCAGUCCUCUGGAGACUCCAGACUACAGGAUGGAAGAGAAGCCAUAUUACCGAUACUAUCAUUAUUCCACGUUCGAAGAAGACAGGCCAUACCGACUCUCGCCUUUCUACAAGCAGCAUUUGAGGCUGAACCAAUAUGAAAGUCCUGAAAUGACUGGUUGCACAUGCACAACAGUGUACAAGAGAUUAAGGAUGUUGGCAACUUGUGCUGUGCUCACGAGGAGGCAUGUGUUGACCACCGCUACAUCAACAGAGUUGGUACUAAGGAAAAGAAGACAUUUUCUCCACUUAGAGAACAUCUUGGGAGUCUGGUAUGACAUCGCAGAUGACAGGUACAAUAGUUCGAUGUAUGUAACGCCUGCUCGGAUACACUACCAUCCGAGGUACGUGUUCCCAAAGGACGUGAACAGAUCGCAUCCGUUUCCGAUGAUGCACGAUUUGUCAGUUUGGACGACGACGCACAGGAUGUAUGGAGGCAGUUGGUUAUUUGGCAAAGGAGCAGCAUACUGCUGCGCCAGAGGAAGCUCUUACUGGUGGGAAACCGGUCCACCUACUCCAGGUCCAAACGAACUGGCGUACCUUGUGGGUUACCAGUUCAUAAAAGCCUUCCAUAGGAACCCGUUGCCUUGGGUGAAGUAUGGAGUAAGGACAAGGAAGCAUUAUCAGCCAUGCCCUAAGACCGAGUGGGGUUGGUUUCACUGUGUGAGCACCACCUGGGCGCCUUUAGGCCUGGACCAGGGCAUGAACAUGCACCGCACCUUCCAAGGAGGCAGCUGGUUGUACGAUGGUCUCAUUGGUAUUAAUUCUCUCUCGAUGAAGUUGAGAACCAUCGACAUGGUCCAUUACUUCACUGUUCUGGACACACAUUCCGUUCUGGAUUUCCUCUAUGACUCCUACAUGGGUCUUCUUAAAUGGGAGUUCUUGGACUACAGGUUUCACGAUACCAAACACUACACUUUGGAGUGUAAGAACCCCGAGAGUCUUUACUGGAAUUGGGAAUACGGUGAAGAAAAGCUUUAUGGAAUGGAUUUACCUAAUUACUAAUUA